AUGAAGCCGGGGCCACCGCACCGCUCCGGGGCCGCCCACGGGGCAGGCGCCGGGAGCGGGGCCGCGGCCGGGCCCGGGGCCCGCGGGCUGCUCCUGCCGCCGCUGCUGCUGCUGCUGCUGGCCGGGCGCGCCGCGGGGGCCCAGCGCUGGCGCAGUGAGAACUUUGAGAGGCCGGUGGACCUGGAGGGCUCUGGGGAUGACGACUCCUUCCCUGAUGAUGAGCUGGAUGACCUCUACUCGGGGUCCGGCUCGGGCUACUUCGAACAGGAGUCAGGCAUUGAGACAGCCAUGCGGUUCAGCCCAGACGUGGCCGUGGCGGUAUCUACCACCCCUGCAGUGCUGCCCACUGUGGACAUCCAGCCUGUGGGCACCCCACUGGAAGAGCUUCCCUCUGAGCAGCCCACCCCGGAGCCAGCCACCAGCCCCCCAGUGGUGACGGAGGCUGCGGAAGAGCCCAGCCAGAGAGCCACCACCAUCUCCACGCCCAUGGCCACCACUGCCGCCACAACAGCUGCCACGACUGCGGGGGCGCUGACUGUGGCCACGGUGCCCGCCACAGUGGCCACCGCCGCCCCCAGUGUGCCUGCGGCUCCCCCUUCCACAGCCAUCACCCCUGUCCUAAGGACCACCGGCAUACAGAGGCUCCUGCCUCUUCCGUUGACCACGGCAGCCACAGCCCGGGCCACCACCCCCACAGCACCCUCCCCUCCCACCACGGUGGCCGUCUUGGACACGGAGGCCCCAACACCUAGGCUGGUCAGCACAGCUACCUCUAGGCCAAGGGCGCUUCCCAGGCCAGCUACCACCCAGGAGCCUGACAGCCCUGAGAAGAGCACCUUGCCCCUGGGUACCACGGCCCCUGGACCCACAGAAGUGGCUCAGACCCCAACUCCCGAGUCCGUCCUGACCACGAUCCGGGAUGAGCCAGAGGUGCCCGUGAGCGGGGGGCCUAGUGGGGACUUCGAGCUGCCAGAGGAAGAGACGACGCAGCCCGACACAGCCAAUGAGGUGGUGGCUGUGGGCGGGGCCGCAGCCAAGCCGUCACCUCCACCUGGGGCACUGCCCAAGGGGGCUCGCCCAGGCCCCGGCCUCCUGGACAAUGCCAUCGACUCGGGCAGCUCAGCCGCCCAGCUGCCUCAGAAGAGCAUCCUGGAGCGGAAGGAGGUGCUUGUAGCUGUGAUUGUAGGUGGGGUGGUGGGUGCCCUGUUCGCUGCCUUCCUGGUCACUCUGCUCAUCUACCGCAUGAAGAAGAAGGACGAGGGCAGCUACACACUGGAGGAGCCCAAGCAGGCCAGCGUCACGUACCAGAAGCCCGACAAGCAGGAGGAAUUCUACGCCUAGUGGAGCCACAGUGCCUCCCACAGCCUCAGCGUCACCCCUCUGCCCAGCCCCCGGCCCGGCCCCACCAGCCCUGGCCAGGGACUGGGUCUAGGGGGGGAGCCUGGCCCCGGUUCAUCUCUGCCUGCCCUCCCAGGGUCUGCCCAGACUGCCAGCCUCACACAGAUUUUACCUGAGGAACAGGGGGCGGCCAUCUGCCCUCGUGGUGCCCUUAUGAGCUCAUCACUUGUCCCCGUCCUCCCCACAGUCAGCCUGGGGCUUCAGGACCUCGCGUCAGCUGGGCAGGAGGAAGGAAGCUCCGGAUUGGCUGGUAGAAAGAAGGGGUGGGGCUUGAGAUGGGCUCCAGGCCCCCAAUCUGGCCCCCUCAGGGCUAGCUGAGGUCUCCUUUCGGAGGUGGAGGGGCGCGUGGGCUGAUUUCCAGGACAGGCUUUCAGCAAGCUCAGCCCUCAAAAUCAUCAAGACACUGCAGCGUCGCGCUGCUGUCCCAGCGGCCCUCUCUGCCCGGGAGAGAUGGGACCUCUCAUCACCAGCCUGUUCUGCCCUGGCCUCUCUGGGGUGUGCGGCCAUUCUCCCUUCGCCCGGUGCCUGUGUACCGCAGGCCUCACUUCAUGCCGGUGUGCCCAGAAGGAAUCGACUUCCUCAGGGUAGCCCGGCAGCCACUGGUGAGGACAGGCUGGGCCGCCUGGGCCUCCCUCCCUCUUGCAGGCGGCCUUUGCACCGACACCACCUCCCACACCGUCACGCAUAACGUCACAUACAAAGACAAAAGCGCACCAUGACAAAAUCUGACGCGAUCUCAACCACCCCGCCAAUGCAGACACGUCACGGACACACACAUGCUUCCAAAGAUGUUUAUUCUCAUGUGCUUCUCACGCCCCUUCCCCCCCUACCGAUGCCCACAACAAUGCAAGGCGCUAGUCAUCGUCACCUGGGGGUGACAGUGUGGCCUGGCCCUCUCUCGGUCCCCCUUCCCCCAUGCACACUGUGGCACCACUCACGUUGUCUCCAGCUUGCAGGCUCCCUGGAGAGGGUCAAGCUGGAACAGUCAGCCCAUAUUGGGUCCCCUGAGUCGCCCUGCCACGCUCAGCCCCUCCCCGCGACGCCAACACCAACCACAAGGCCGCCGACCCCAGCAUGUCAGAUACAACCCCAGGUGGAUGCACGAUCUUACCCCACACGCCCCGUGCUUGCGCUGGAGGGGAACCGGCGGGCACCCACCCCAGAUACAGUGUGGCGUGUGGGAGGGGGGGAAUGUUGCCACAACCCCUCCCUCCCAGGGCAUUGCACCGAUCGGUGGGAUCCGUGGGGCCUGCCCCCCUCCCAUCUGUAGCUCGCCAAGGGGUAAGUUGAGGGCCAGUCACCCCCCACCCCCCACCCCCAGCUAAGAGCCUUGCUGAGGAAGGCAGGCUGGUUCCUGGAAUGUGGCCCCAGGCCGCAGAGCCACAAGGCCUGGGUGAGGAGGGGUGUGCCGCCUGACUCCCGGCCUCCCUGUACCCUCUCCUGCUCUGAGCUCGGGGCUGACUCUGCCUCCCAGGACACAAGUCUCCAAAGUGCCUGCGAGGGUGGGCCCUGGCGCCUGGGCCUCCUGCACCCUCUCGGUGGCCUCGCUGGGCCCACCUCGGUCCUGCUCUGGGGCCCUCCUCCGUGGACACCUGCCCACUCCUUGGCCAGACAAGCCGGUGGGCCUCCCGGCUGUGGCUGGAUAAACCUGCAGUCAGAAGCAAGCCGUCCAGCACAUUGCCCCAGGCCGGGAGCUGAGAGCCGGAGGGGCUGGGGGCGUCCCAGGCCUCGGCCUGCCUCCCCCUUCUGUGUUACCCUUGGGCAGGGGCCGCUUCUGUAGAUAUUUUAAAUGUGAGGGUCACAGAUCUCCUUCAAGGAGGAGGGUGUGAUUGGUGGGGGCUCCUGAGGCCACGGGAUGCGGUCUGAGUUGCGGUUGGCUGGUGCUCACUCCCCACCCCCACCCCUCACCUUUGACCCAGAUUAAAGUCAGGAACCCAGCUUUUA